AUGACACCCUGCAGAGUGUGAAUGCCUCCUUGUUACCAUGGUGAUGGACGCUCGCUCAGCAAUAAUAAUCACUGAAUCCGAAUCAUGCGGCGAUUGUAGCGGAGCCUGAGACCAUAGAGAGGGGAGAAUCCUGAUUGAAUCACAGCUCGGGGCGCUGCUUCUUCACACGCAGAUUUUAUGAAGAUGAGCAGCACCAGUGAGGAAAGGUCAGAAGAAAGUGACUCUUCUGCAGAAGAGGAGGAUGAUGUGCAGGCAAAGCCUUUGUAUGCUUUAGCUCCUAUAGGCACUCAGGAGAAGAGCCCAAAAGAUGUGUCUGCAAGUCCAGCCUUUCAGUGUUUGGAUGAGCUUUUGGCAUCUGGAAAAAUCCCUGGAACCAGAGUAGCUGAGCUCAAGGCAAAAUAUACUUUGCUAUAUGAAACAUUGAAAAGUAUACAGGAAUCAGAAAUGCAACUGCUACAAGAUGCUAAGCGAUUCACAAAUCAACUUGAACAACAGCAACAUGAGCUGCAAAAAGUUGAUCAGUUUCCUGAGAGCUCCAACACAGAAGUAUCCAGGAUGAGGCAGCAAUUGCUGAAAUAUAACAACGAUUUGCAUGAAGCAGAGGACAGAGAAUAUCGUCUGCAAUUUAAACUUGACUGGUUACAAGAGGAGAAAACACUGCUGGAAAGAGAAUAUGAACGACUGCCUAAAAUUGGGGAGCUAGAAAAAAGGACAAAAUUACUGAAAGAAACCAGCGAUGAGUUACAAAAAGAAAAUACCCAAAGGCUUUUGGAAAUCAAAGAACUGAAAGAAGACAUGGCUUCAAAGGAAAGAGAAAUUCAGAUAGCACAAAAAGAACUAGAGAAGGACAUUGAACAACAGGAAAUCAUAAAGGAUGAACUUGUGCAAGUUCAACAAAUCCCUGUACAGCUUGCCAAAGACAUAGAGAAGAUAAACCGCAAAUCGGUGGAAACUGAGAAGAAAAAGCUGAAAAUGGAAGAGGAAUGCCAGGAGUUAAACAACAGCGUGAAGCAGAUGGAGAAUAAAAGCAAAAAACUGCUGGAAGAGAAGGAAGAUGUUCUGAAGGAACUAGAAGGGAAGAGAACUCUGCUGGAAAACAAAGAGCAAGAGUUUAACCAUCUCACCAAGUUACUGGAGUAUUCCAAGGAAAAUGAAGCCGCUGCUCUAGGAGAAAGAGCAGCCCUGGAACUUAAUUUACGACAUGCUAUGAUAGAGAAGCAAAACCAACACGAUGCACUCACCCGCAAGCAAAGAGAGAAAGAAAGGGAUUUAAGAAACAUUAAGAAACUGGAGCUGCAGUUCAAAUCAGCAAAUGAUGCUCUAGCACACACACAGGCAUUAUAUGACAAGAUCAAAACAGAGAUAGACAAUUCCCCAAAAGAUGAUGGCUCACUUGUAGAAAAGAGGAAGGAACUGCGUAAGGAGGUUGAAACGCUUAAAAGGAAUUUCACCCAUCAGCAAACACUAACAGAGUUGGAGUCACAUGCACUUAUGCAGUGUAUCGCUGAGGAGGAAAGGCUUGUCAAGCAACAAGCUGAAUGUCGGGAGGAGUUGGUCAACCUAACACGUUUGGCCCAAGUCAAAGGUGAUGAGAGGGAACAGAAGUCAAGAGAUUUUGUAAAAGCUCAGCAAAGAUAUACACAAGUUGUGCAAGACAUUAAGGGGCGAGAUCUGCUCAUUGGAGAGCACAAGAAGAAAAACCAAGAAGUUCAGAUAAGACUGAAGGAGUUUGCAAAGAUGUAUGAUAUUAUCCGCAAUGAAAGGAACAAGUGUGUGAGUCUUAUUCAGACAGCGACUCAACGGGCAGCAGAGCUGCGAGAGAAAUUAAAGAUCUAUGGAAAUGAGGUGGAAAUUCUGAGAACCAAUGUCUCCAGCAAAGAAAGACAACUACAAAAGGCUAUGCUGAAACAGACCAAUAACCAUAUGAUCCGAGACAGUCUUCGCAAAGAUAAGAGCAAAAUUACUGUUAUUCUUCAAGAAAUGAAAGAAAUCAGAGAACAAAAGAAAAUGGAGAUUGGCAGACUUACAAAUAUGAUUAACCAAGCAGAGGAGGAUAUGGUUCGUCUUCGCAAAAAGUAUGAAACAGCGGUGCAGAACAGAAAUGAGAGGGGUGUGCAGUUAAUUGAGCGGGAGGAAGAGGUCUGCAUCUUCUACGAAAAGAUAAAUGCUCAAGAAAUGAUACUUCAGAAUGGAGAUGUCAGUUUGAUGGAACAAGAUGAAAAGAUCCGUUUCCUAACGAUGAAGGCUGUUGAAAAGAAGAGACAGAUUGCACAAGUCAAGAAAGAGUUACCAAAUAAGAGGAAACUAGAAUCAGAUCUAGUGGUCCUUCAGAUCCAGCUUUCCCAGUGUAACGACAGAUUGAAUGACCUGGAAAAACAGGCACAGGAUCCAGAGAAAGCAAGUAGGAUUCGCUUGCUUGAAGGAAAGGACCCAUCACAACAAGAGCUUUUGAAGAGAACAGAGGAGCUUGAACUGCGCCUGGCUGAGAAGGAGGAACAGUUGUUGGAAAGAGAUUUCCUCUACGAGCAAGUCUCUAAGCUAUCAGAUAGAAUACGCAUAAAAGCUGCAAAUGGCAAAGAAGACACCCUGACAUGUGCUAAAAAGAUGAGUGAACAAAAAAAUAGGAUUAAGGACACAACUCGUAAAAUGAUGUCCCAAAUUGCAGAAUUAUCCAUGCAGCAAGCCAACUGUAUUAAGCUGCAGCAAGAAAUAAGAGAUAAAGAGACGUUUGUUGAGACAUGCUAUGCAAGGAUGGAACAGGGGUUGCCACCGAGCGAGGAAAUCAAGCAAGAAUGGAAACGCUUAGUGCGUGAAGAACGUAGACGCCAACUUGAAAAAGAAGAAAAGACAAGGAUUCAAGAGGAGGAAGAACAACACUUUUUGCAAAAUGGAACCUUCACCACAGCGGAGCAACGUCCUAAUGCUUACAUACCUGAAGAUGAAAAUGUUCUUCCUAUUCCCCGACCUUAUGGGGCUUUGGCACCUUUCAAGCCCACUGAGCCAGGCUCAAACAUGCGGCACAUAAGAAAGCCAACGAUAACGCCAAUUGAAAUCUAAUCUUAGGGAGUGUUAAGGAGAGAGACAGGAAUGAUGGCUCCUGUACAUCCUCAUACAUAGGUCUUGGCAGGGAAAACUUUUACAUCCACCGACACUAUAGUAUAAUGGGGCAGCUCUGUGAUUCAUAAUAUGUGUGAAACUUAACUUGCCAUUUCAAAUGUCCCGAGCAGGGUAGUUCCACUACUACUGUACAGGCAAUUGGGCAUAUACGAAGUGUUAUACAACACUUCAUAUUUGGGUGUCUGUGUUAAAAGUGUGGGCUAAACGACCCUACAGCUUCAUACAUUUGCCCCAUUGUGGCCUUGUAAAGUACACACUGGCUUGCGCAUAAAAAAACUUUCAAAAAAACAUAGCAACUGGCAUCUAACCAACAUUAUCUGAUGCAGGUUAAGGAAACAAAUUGGUUGAUAUUGAUCACAAGACUACCUUAUCUUGUGAACACAGAUGCAUCCUGCCCUCUGUUUUGCUGAUAAAAUAUCCAUUAUGCUUAUAAAAUACCCCAAAUAUCACACAAACACCUCUUUUUUAGUCAUACCACAUGGUUAUUAUUGCAAGUGCCACCAAUAUUGCAAUAUUUAUUUUAAUUAAAUUGCAAACACCAUCUAUUUCCAUAGCUGAACUAGGUAAUGACCUUACCUAGUUUGGCUAGGGAAAUAUAUGGUGUUUGCAAUUUAAAAAAAGGUUUAACAGCCCAUACAAUAUAACACAAAAUAUCAAAGUACAUGUUUGCUAAUGUUUUUAAUGGUGCUAGGUUACAUCUGUGCAAUGGCCAUUUCUUCAUGCAUCAUUGUACUUUUUAAGGUAAAUACAUGAACACAAGCACAGAAAGGUGUAAAUCCAGCCUUGGAGACUCCCAGCAAAUAUUUGGAGGGCAAAGCAGUUCAAAAAAGUUUUAAAAUACCAUUAUCAAAAGGAAUACAAACCCAAUCCUUACAGCUCUCCUUUAUUCCUCCCCAGCCAGGUAUACUAAACCCAUGCAUGCUCCUAUGCCAACUAUUUAAUAUGUCUGAGACAUCGCUCCAUUUGCUCUAAUGCACUGGGUCUUCCAGAUACGAGAAACAAUGUGACCUCCUCAUGCGAUGGCGAUCAGGUCUGGGCAGAAAAUGACAAGACCUGAACACUGCCAUGUUAAAGAAAGUAGUGACAUUAUCCAUCUGGGUGAGCUUGGAUAUCAGAACUUAAUCAGGGUGGACUCCUGCAGCGGAGGUGAUGUGUGGAGUGAGUAUAUACCUUGCUAGGGGUAUAGUGGGAAACGGAAAUAGGAUUUCAUUUAGCAUGAAUUGCUGGCAAAUCCCUUGUAUGUUACCAUACAGCAAAAUAUGUUAUUUACAAGGGG